UACUGCUGAACAUUUUGGUCAACUGGAUAUCAGGAAAUAUAUAACACACAGAAAAACACUGUAAUAUAUAUACAUUUAGACAGAUUAACGAAGUUAAUAAUAAUAUCACACGGCACAUGCAAGGUGUGACACAUGGAACGAUCCAAUAAUACCUGUAAUACAGGCAGACGUCUCCAGUUAAACAACAGCAAUAUACAACAUUUAACAUAUUUGUACACUAUAACGCCAGCGCAAAAUUUGAAUUCCUGCUUUAUCAGGUCGUGGUUUGGUCUGAGAGCAUUUUUCUACGUUUUUUCAUGCACGCCACUGAUGUCGUUACCAUGGAAACGAAUAUAAAAUGUGCAUCGCAAUGCUAUUCUUCCUUAAUAUUUGCACUACUGUUUUCAUCAAGCAUUCAACAAGUAGCUCUUGACAUUAGUUGUGUUAGUUACAAAUGAAAGGCAAUAAAUGGAUAAGACAGAUCAAACUCAUACAUCAGUUAUAACAUGAGAACAUACCGAUUUUUGAUUUUUCACUGCACCUUACUUUUCACUAGGUCACGACUUGCCAACACGUGUAUUUGUUAUGUUUCUCACGACUUAACCUCAGAAUUAGUUGUAUUGAAUCGUACGGUUAAACAAGAAUUAUGAAUAAAAAUUCAAUACCAGAAAGUGUUCCAGCACUGUUCUUUGCCAGUGCACGUAUAAGAGAAAUCAAGACAGUUACAAAUUUGCUCCAAGCACAAAAUGGCACUAAACUUGCGUUUCAAAAACUUCCCCGGCACAUGCGACGCAGGGUAAUGGGUCAUAGUACUAAACGUGUACCACAAAGCAUAAAACAAAUACAUCAGAAUCAGCUUGAGAAGUCUGGGUUACCGCCGAAAUCGAAGAGGCCUUCUAGAAAAUUUCGGAGAAGACCAAAACUACUCAAUGCUGAAAUUACACGAAGGCAAAGAGAGAACAAAUGGUUGGAGACACAUAUUUGGCAUGCAAAAAGAUUCCAUAUGAUAAACAAAUGGUCUUACAAAAUACCAUACAGUCCCACUGACAAAGCAUUUAGAGCAUGUUAUAGAGCAACUAUGAAACAUUGCUUACUUCAGGACAUCUCCUACACUGGAUGCAUAGAGCUCAAAGGAAAGCAAGACUUACUAAUUGAAACAUUUAAGAAGCUUACGAGAAGUGAUGAGGGGCUGUCAAUCCAUGCAAAAGCUUAUAUUGAUGGAAACAGGGAAGGAAAAACAAUGUUUUAUGAUUAUGCAGAAAAUGUGCCAAUAGGAAGUGUUAUGUUUAAUUGGCAGCCAGUUACUGCUUCAAAACAAAGAACAAUUUGGUUAUGGGUUCAUGCAGCUUAUUAUCAGCAAGUUUUAGAUUCAUUGAUUACACAUUUUGACCUACCUGCAGACAAGUCACAAAAACAAUGGAUUAAUAAGAAAGUACAAAUAACUGACCUUAGAUUUGAGUUAAAUAGGUUCAGGCUUACAGGUCCAUUAUCACAGGCUAUACUGACCUCAGCACUUAAGCCAGUGGAUGCAUGUUUGGAAAUAAACUCCUGGUUGCAAGAGUAUUUAGAGGAUGAUGAACAAAGACAGUUAUUUUCUGAACAAAUUGAAUAUUGGAAUUCAGUCAAACAAGUGCAAACACCUGCUAUGCUUAGUCCACACAUUACAUUUUCACUUGUAAUAACUGAUCCAAGAUACAGCAUGCCAAAUCAAAGAACUAAAGCAUUGAAUUCUACGGGAGAAAUGAGGAACGUCGAUCCGCCAAAUGGUUUAUCAAAUGGUGCGAUUUGGAAUCAAGAUAUCAGACAGAAUGUAACAGAAUCUAAACUUUCAAAUGUUGCUAUCAAUGAGUUGAGGUCUCAACUGCUGGUUCCUGGGAGUGAGAUGAAGUCUCAAGGUGCACAAAUACCACUUAUGUUGAUUCAAAGACCGGGAGUCUCGAAAACUGGAUUUUGCUCCGGCUGGGAUGUGAUUAUACCGAAAGGAUGGGCACAAUGCACAUGGAUGUGUUUUAUUAUGUGGGGAGCUCGUGCAGGAGGAUACAGGGAGACAGAAAACAUCAAUUUCGAAUUAUUGCAACAAGAUCUUUUCCCGCCAGACACAAAAGCCGGUGAAAAUGAGAACGAACAACUUGACGAUGCCAAUCGGACACGAUUCUUUCGUCUACCACCAAAUAAACGAACCAAUUUCAAUAAAUUCGCAUCAUUUAGUCCUAUUAAUUGCAAUUGGCGGGUUCUACUCCACGAUUGGACAACAACAGAAUACGAAAAUUUCUUCGUGUUAAGAAGUAAGAAAGUACUGGCAGACCUACAGUUAUAUUUAAACAAUCGAAAACACAAAUGGAUACAACCCCAAUAUGAAAACUAUUUAGUUCCAAUAAAAAUAACAUUGAAAAAAGGACUCGUCACAAGGUACACCAUGAUUUGUUUGCCUGCAUCUCCAACAGACAUUACUACACCCCCAUUAGAAACUCAAAGAAGAGACGUACACAAAGAAGAACGGGCUACACUGCGCAAAGAACAUCAAACCCUGCUACAGAGAUUGAAGAAAAAACGACACAUCGAAAGAACAAAACUGCACUCUGUCUCAAUUGAUAAAAGUAUCUCCCAAAACUUUAUGAAAAAAAUGCGAGACCUGUGGCUUCCGCCGAUUGGCACUUCCGGCUUGCGGACAUCCUGCUCGAGAGAAAUCAUGGGGUUUGUCACCAAGGGCGGCGUCUCCUUGUCUAACGGCCAAGGUCAAGGCAUUGGAUACGUUCCACUUCCAGCUUUGUUGCACCUGUGUUCAACAACAAAGGGCAAUCAGGUCCUAUGUCGCAACACCAAUACUCGACAAUAUCGGUGUGCGACAUUAGAAGUAUUACAGUAAUAUCAACAGUUUCAAAAAGAAUGUUUCCUUUGUUUCUAAAUAUUAUACGAAUAUCUGUUUUGUUUAAGCUACGAAAAAUAUAUAAAUAACGUCAAAGAA